CAGAGUCCGCAUGCAAUCCAAAUUUUUUUCCCUUCGCCAGAACCUCUACCUCUCCCGCUUUCCCAAACUGCCCAUUUGCCCAAAACCCUUGCUUCUGUUCCCGGUUUCGCCCAAAGCCAUCUACUUCUUCGUGAGCGAACCUUCGCUACACAGCCGCCAUGAUAGCUUAGCUGGGAAGGCAACGACGGGAUCGCGGCUUAUAGCUACCACCGAAACUGCCAUCUUCUCAUGCCUCCGGUCCGCUCCUGCCAGAAACCAUUGAGGAAGAUAAGCCAUGGCGCUUGAGGAGCCAUCUGUAUGCACGGAAGUUGAGCAACAUGGAAAUUAUGAAGUGGACGAGGAAUACGACGAAGAAGAAGAUUCCUGGUCAUCCGAGUCGGAGGUGGGUGAUGUGUUGGAUUGGUUAGAUUCAAAAGAGGGCACCGAGGGUGACGGCAUAGGGGGUACAUCCUUCUCCGUCUCAGCGGCGCGGCGCCCUAAUGCCCGAGGUGGCCUUCUCUCUCGCCCCCUGCAACCUCUUUCCAACCGCAGUCAGAAGUUCGCCUCUCACAUCCGAGCUAACCCUUUGGAGGAAUGGGAGGGUAGGAUGAAUGUGGGCAUGUCAAAUGCAGUAGCAACUGCUAUCCGGGACACUGUGCGGGACUCUGCCAUAGGGAGGACAAAAAACACGGAGAAAGCAGACAGGGCAACUGUCGAGCAAGCCAAUUUUGCUAGAGUGGAUUCGAAUCCCCGAACUGAGGGUCUUACACUGAGGAUGCAACCAAUAGGCCGAGUGUUAUGGGCUUUGAUGGAGUCUUGCGGAGGCUUGCAUCCAUUAGGCAUUGAAGUUGCUUCAGCUGCGGACUUAACAACAAAAAUCUCUAAGCCGACUGGUGACAAUCAACAACUAAACGACGAUGAUGGUAGACAGUUGAUCGAUCUUUUAGGUCUUUCAGAGAGAUUUGCAGGGGACGACCGAUGUCUUUGGGCCUCUUGA